GCGCACGGACGAUAAAUAAUGCAGCUACCGAGUGUUACCGCGGUCACGUGUGUUUUGAAAACUUUUACAGGAAUGGGGCAGAGAAGGUUUGCAGGAUUAUUUUAGGGCGCGACAAGCUUGAUCAUAGGACUAUAUAGGUUAAUUUAAUGUUGUCAGGUCUCUGCCGGCUUUAGCGAGGAGCUAGCUUUAGCUGACGUGAGCUCCGACCGGCGCUGUGACUCGUAGAAGGCAUACCUGUGCUUUGGUACACUCAUAUAGCAUCGUUGCCUGUAACAGAGCGCCGAUCCCAGCAGAUUCCGCUUUUUUUUUUUUUUUAAAGAUAGCAUCAUAGCUCAGGUAGCAAGCCAUUGUUCAAAAUGGUUUUCUUCACCUGCAACGCGUGUGGCGAGUCCCUGAAGAAAGCGCAAGUCGAUAAACACGUGAACAUGUGCCGGGGCUGCCAGGUCCUGUCCUGCAUCGACUGCGGCAAAGACUUCUGGGGGGAUGACUACAAAAAUCACAUAAAAUGCAUCAGUGAGGAUCAGAAGUAUGGAGGCAAAGGCUACGAGGCCAAGUCAAACAAAGGGGAUGUGAAGCAGCAGCAGUGGAUACAGAGAAUCCAUGAAGCCAUGAGCAAACCAGGAAUCAGUCCAAAGCUGAAGGAUGUGCUCAAUCAAGUCAGCUCAUACAACAACGUCCCAAGAAAGAAGGCCAAGUUUCAGAACUGGAUGAGGAACAGUGUGAAAAUUUCCAACCCCAGUCUACAGGACGAAGUGUGGGACAUCUUCUCUGCAGCCACCAAUGGUCCAGAGGCCUCCACGCAGGCUGAGGAACCCAAGCAGACGGCGACUGAAGAGAAGACUGAGACUAAUGGAAGUCCGGAGCAGAACGGUUCAACAGAGGAGGCACCCAUGAAGAAGAAGAAGAAGCUGAACAAGCAGGAGCGCAAAGAGGCCCGUCAGCAGAAGAGCGGGAAGGUCAAGCGAGGUGCUGAAACAACGACCGCGCAAGAGCUGCAGGAAGAGCCGACUUGCAUAAAGAAGAAAAAGGACAAGAAGAGAAAGAGGCAGUGUGAGGAAGAGGAGGAUGGAGGGCAGAACGGGCACAGCGCUGAAGAUCAGACCGCCACAAAGAAAAGGAAGAAAAGCAAGAAGGGCUCUGAAGAUGACCAAACAGAGUCUACUGAGGUGCACAUGACAGAGGAGUCUGAGCAACAAGCGUCCCAGAAAGGCAAAUUCAACUGGAAGGGAACGAUCAAAGCGGUCCUGAGAGAAUCACCUGAACAGGAACUUUCAGUGAAGAAACUCAGGAAGAAGGUUAUGGCAGCUUAUUACGCAUUCAGUGGUGACAGCAAUUUCAAGUCAGAAGAGGAGUUGCUGGCACUUUUCAGCAAGAAGAUCAAUGGCAAUCCCAAGUUUAAGGUUUUGAAAGAGAAAGUUAGACUUGUAAAGUAGAUAUCUCUCAUCCCAGUGUCAUUAAAUUCAUGUUGUAUGUAGACUUUUAAAUAUCAAGAGCCAGUGUUGUCUGACCUCUGUCUUGGAUGUUUUUAUAAAGAUGACAUCAUCUUGAAGAUUAAAUAAUCUUACUACCA